CAAAAAAAUUUUCACUCCACGGAGGCGGUUGUGUCGCGGAACAAAUUUUCAGCAAAGCAACGUCGCGUACCGCUCCGCUGCCAGAAAACGGAAGAAAACGUAACAAAUGAAGGGGGAUUAAACUAAAUAAAUAAACCCAUAUAAAAAGACCAGAUUUCCCGCUGUUUUAAAAACCUUUUCGCCACUUGACUCUGAAAAUAGCCAGAUCGAGGGAAACGGGCAGCACUGUCGCAGGUCCCAUACAAACUUCGGUCGCGGGCGUUAAAUUGUUCUUGUGCUCCCAGCAAAAGCAUAAUAAUAAUACAUAACUGCGGUUGUUGUAUUUUAGUGAAUAAAACGUGCAUGUGUGCAGAGCACCGCGGGAGAGCCAGAAUGCGAGAGAGCUAUUAAAUAAUUUUUAGUGUUUGUGUUUUUAACGUGUACAACAAAUAAUCUAUGCUUUUUGCAUAACAAAAACAAAGUAAACGAGAAGUAACGAAAGAAAAACGCUCACACGCACACACAUACGGACGGACUACGUCAAUAAGCAAAAGAGGAAGGAUGCUGCUGAUGUCACCGCCGUUGCAGUAGCAACACCCUCUGAAGAAAACCCAGAUCCAGUAUCAACCCUAGCCCCAAUCCUACCCAGGACACGCCAUACACAUGUUGCUGCCACAACAAAGAUGCUCAGUGCUGCGAAUGCGACUGCAACACCGACCCAUGCAGCAGCAGCAGCCACGAUUGCCGCAGCCGAGACUUAUGUCAUAACAAACAAACACCAGCAACACCCGCAACAACAGCAACAACAGCAACAGCAGCAACAAGUCUUAGUUGUUGCCGCCAACAAAAUGGUGAUACCAGCAACGGGAGCAACAAUCGCCGGUAUACCAACAGCAACCACAACAUCAGCCGCCGAAACAACUGCUACACAGCAGCAGCAACAACAACAGCAGCAUCAGCAGCAGCAUGUCUUGUUCCAGCCGCACCUACAAACAACAGCAACAGCAGCAACCAGCACACCUCAGCAACAGCAACAACAGCAACCACCUCAGCCGCGUCAGCAUCCCAAGAAGCGAAAAUUUGAUCCAGCCGAGCUGGACAAACCAGAGCAGCAUCCCCAACAGCAGCAGCAACUGAGCGUGCAGAAGCAGCAGAAACCCGCCGACACCAAUGGCAAUAGCGAUGGCCUGGCCAACGGCAAUGUUGCUGCUGUGCAGCAACAUCAGCUGCAUCGCAUGAUCGUGAGUUGCGGUGCAGGCGCCGGCAACAGCAAUAGCAACAGCAGCGAUAGCAAGCAGCAGCAGCAACAGCAACGUAUUAUCAUUGCAUCCCCGCUGCAGCAUACCAGCGGUAGUACUUACAAGCAACAUGUUGCAGGCAUUAGCAGCAGCAGCAACAAUAGUCACGCAGCCACAAUCAAUCAUCAGCAACGCACACACACGCCCACAACUGCCGUCUACUACCAACAACAACAACAACAGCAGCAGCAUCAACAGCAACCACGUUUUAGCUUUAACUCACACAAUCAGCAACAUGUACAGGAACAACACCAGCAGCAGCAGCAGCAGCAGCAAUCCCUGCUCGAUCUCAGCGAGUGGAACAACACACGUGUCCUAGCCAAAAUCCAUAACCACUAUGCCCCCGGGAUUAUCCGGCAAGUGCAGGAGGCCAGUCCCGACUCAAUACUCGUGGAAUUCGAUUCCGCCGAUUUGGGGCUGCUGCUAUAUCCGGAUGUGCUGCACCAGGGCCGCAACCAUGUGAUACUCGAUGCCAGCCCGCCCAUGGCGGAUAUUACGAUGGACGCCCGUGUCUGUGUGCGGCAACGGAUGGAGGGGCGUGGCUCCGGUAGCUUCGUCUACGUGGAGGGCGUCAUAACGGACAUCAAUCAGGCCACUAAGCAAUAUAGCGUGCAGCUGAUCGGCGACGAAUUGGCCACCACCAAGGUUGUGCGUCGUGCUGAUCUGCGCCUCCUUCAGCCGCCCUGGUGGGAUGAGCUCAACGAACUGACACCCUCGGGUGGAGCAACUGCCCCGGCAUCAGGUGUUGGCAAGCGAAAGGUAUCGGCAGGAGGGGCAGCAGUUGGCGAGGCGAUGUCUGUGCCCAGUGGCAACAUUGUAUACCCCAAGGCGGCUACCGGGGCGCCGCUGACCUUCGUGGCCACCCGUUACGACGGCAAGCUACCCACGGCACCACCCACGCCCACCCACCAGCAACCGCACCAGCAAAAUCUUGUGAAACAAGAAGAGUAUUAUCGGACCACGGCCACAUCGCCGUUUCAGACGCGUCCCCCAAUAGCCGGCCAGGCACAUGGAGCCGAGCAGGCAUCGCAGUCGCAGUCGCUACCCCAUCCUCAGCAGACCAAUGGCCUGCCGGACAUCGUGAUCUCUCCGGGAAGCAAUGGGCAGCAUCUUAAGAUGCAGCAACAGCAGCAGCAGUCGUCGCGGGGCUACGACGACUACGACUCGGAUGAUGAGUUAAAGCGAGUCGGCAUCGGAUACUCGCCGGCGGCUGGCGACCUGGACACGGAGAAGAUGAGCACUUGCAGCAAGCGGAGCAGCAUGCAAAGCCGCGGCAGCACGUCCAGUCUACUCGACCAGAGGCUCACACCACGAUCUCAUCCAGCAACCCCAAGCAGUGCCAUCCACAGAUCUCAAGCCACCACGCCGCAUCGCUUCAAGAAGGGCGAUAUUGUGGAGUCGGAGUCCGGCGUGCGCAAGAAGUACAAUGGGAAGCAGUGGCGCCGCCUGUGCAUGCUCUGCACCAAGGAAUCUCAGCGGCGCGGCUUCUGCUCGCGACACCUUAACCAGAAGGGCAACAACAGCGCCCUGCCCUCGUCAACGGGUCCAGGUCGUUUACUUAGUGACAGCCGAUCGAGCAGUAAGACGCAGAUCGACGAGGACACGUCGCGAGACUCGGAGACGUCGCCCAACUACCGGGUCAAGGGUCGCUACGAUCAGGAGGAGACCGAUGCAGCCGUCAUGCUGGUGUCACUGAGCAGCUCCCGAUCCGCCACGCCUUCGUACGCGUCGCCGGUGAACCACGCCGGAGCCUCUCCACUGAACGCCAUCGCCCACUCGCCGGUCAAUGUGUCCGCCACUCACAGGCAGAACUUUUUCACGCCCAUCGCCAACCAGUCGCAGCAAUCCCAGCAGCAGCAGCCGGUGGCCACUGUUUCCCUGGAGGCCAAGUGGAAGGCGACACCCAGUCCGGUGCUCUACAACGCCAACAACAACAGCGCCAGUAAUAACAACAACAAUGGCUGGGAGACGAACAGCAACAACACAGGUGGAACAGGUGGAGCACCUGGUACGCAGCAGCCUUUGCCGCCGCAAACGACGCCUGUGUCCCUGGUUAUGCACGCUCCGCCGCCGCACCACCAAGUGCAGCAGCAGCCACACCAGCUUCACCAACCGCCGCCACCACCACCUGCCGCUCACCUCAACGCCAGCCUGCCAGCGCCACAAGCUCCGCACAUCAACAGCAGCAGCAGCAUGGGCCAUGCAACCAGCGUCAUACGCAUCUCCAGCAGUCAGCACCAGCAUCAGCCGCAGCAGCAGCAACAGCACCAACAUCCCCAUGUGGUGGUGUCCGGCGGUCAGACGUUCCAUCCCGUGAUCGUGGACGCUUCUCAGCUGACAGUGCAGGCCAUGCCGCCCACUACGGUUUCAUUUCAUCAGCCCAACACGCCCACCAGCUCAGCAGCCGCGACAGUUGCACCCUUGGGUCAGGAGAAGGUGUUGCCAAAAAACGGGUACAAUGCGCCUAGCCAUCCCUGGUACAAGCUCCUGCCGCAGAUGCCGCCCAUGACCAAGCCGCCGCCAGUGUCGGCCGGCCAAGCCUCGACCACUGCGGCCAGCAGCUACAGCGUUGUGAUGAUGCAGCAGCAGCAACACCAACAGCAGCAGCAACAUCACCAGCAACAGCAGCAAUCAUCGCCGCAGAUGUCGAUGACCCACAAUAAUAACCAUCCCACUGUGCCCGCUCCAAUGUGCUCUCCGGGCAAGCCGCUCAACUGCUCCAUGAACGAUGCCAAGGUAGCGGCAGCAGCAGCCGCGGCAGCAGCAGCCAAUCAUCAUCAGCAGCAGCAGCAACAGGAAGAACAGUUGGAUGAGCAGUUGGACGACGAUGUGUUUGAGGCAACUCCCACUAGCAGCAGCAACAAGAAGCCAACGGCAGCAAUGCGACUGCCAACCUACAAUAGCAACAUUCGUAAGCUGGAGGAGUGCCAUGACCCGAGCGAUGGAGCAGCUGGUGCGCCAGUCACCUCGGCUGCCAAGCGAAGGAGUCAAUCAUUGAGUGCUCUACAGCAGCAACAACAGCAGCAGCAGCAACAACAACAGGCAGGCGCAGCGGCUGGACAACCGGCAAACAAGAAGAUCCGCCGUCCAAUGAACGCCUUCAUGAUAUUCUCGAAGAAGCACCGCAAGAUGGUGCACAAGAAGCACCCUAAUCAGGAUAACAGAACAGUUAGUAAGAUUCUGGGUGAGUGGUGGUACGCCCUGAAGCCCGAGCAGAAGGCGCAGUACCACGAGCUGGCCAGCUCCGUGAAGGAUGCACACUUUAAGCUGCACCCAGAAUGGAAGUGGUGCUCCAAGGACCGUCGCAAAUCUUCAACAUCGACGGCUGCGACAGGGGGCAAGGCUAGUGGGGCAGCUGGAGCGGGAGAUGCCAAGCAGCGUCUGGUUUCGGUGGAUGGUUCAGAUUCCCUUGAGCACGACAUGUGCCCCUCGACCCCGGGUGGCAGCGGUAGCUGCGGUGGCCAGGGCAUCUCCUCUGAUCUCCAGGGCGACAUUAUACCGCUAACGAUCGACAACUACAACAGCACUUGUGAUGAAGCGCCAACCACAAUCUCUCUGAAGGGCAACGGAAAACUCCUGAAGAACGAGUUGCCCUCGGACGAGGAUGAGCAGAUGCUGGUUGUUGAGGAGGAGCCAGCACAGCAUCAGCCCGCUAAGAAGUUGGACCUGCACUGCCGCGAGCGAGUGAACGAUUCGGACAUGGACGAGGCACCCUUCGACUACCGCAAGCAGCAGACAGAUGCGGAUCAGCGUUCCGCUGAAGAGCCCAAUACUUCUGGUGCCAACGGCCAGGCCAUGAGCGCACCGCUGUCCAGCGGAAGCGGUGGAGAGCGCGAGAUUACACUCAAACCGAAGGCCAUCAAGGCCCAUCCGGUGCUGGAGAGCACCAUUCUGCCAUACCCCCAGAUGUCAAUCUACACGCAGUACACUAGUCCCAAGAAUCCAAUCGGUGUAACACCAUUCCAACCCACAGGCGGCGCCUUUAAGUCAAUGCCAAUUAGCCCCAAGGGCAGUGGCAGCAAGCCAGAGGACGCUGCGUGCCUGCAGUCACAUAUCAAGCAGGAGGACAUCAAGCAGGAGCCACCGUCGCCCUACAAGCUGAAUGGCAGUGGAUCGUCAUCUUCAGCUGGCGUAGGAGGAGGCGUGCUCAGCGCUCAUCAGCCAAGUAGCGGCAGUGUCUUUAACUUUAAUGUGCCAACAGCGACGGCUUUGAGUCAGAAGCAGUUCCACUACCACAUGCAUCAUCCACAUCGCAGUCCCACGGACUUGAGAGCUGCACAUCAGGCGUGUGUGCCAUCGUCACCGGCAGGCAUGGGACUGGGGCAUGCGGCCAACAUUGCUACGCCCCCAGCGUCAGCGCCGGCCCAGAUCAUGGCAGGGGGACCAUCGGCAGGCCAAAAGAUGUUCUUCGCCAUGAGCAAUCCGUACUCGAUGAUGCAGCGCCAUACGCCGGGCACGCCCAGUCUGGAGCAACUCCAGCUGGACGCCUUUCCGCCGGGCAGUUUUAUUUUCAAGAACCACAACGGCCUGGCCUCCCUGCCUCCGCCCGUUAGUGCACAGCCCACGAUGCUGCUGCACGGCUACACGCCCGGUCACAGCGCAGAGCCGCCGGCCAGUUCACCCUCAUACAAGUCGAUGCCCUCCACACCCAAAUCGGCCACGUAUCUAAUGAGUGCGCCGCCCCUGGAGAGAGCAGGCAUGGAAGGAGGCGCAGGCAUAGGAACUGCAGCGGCAACGAGUGGAGGUGAUGAGAGCGACAUGGAUGCCGAUGGCCAGCAGUUCAUUUUGGCACCUACGCCGGCUCAGCUGGGACGAGCCCCCUUGCAGCGGCGCAAAAAUCUAUCCCAAAGCAAGUCGGAGAACAAUGUGUCCUUUGGCGCCAAUCUGGGGGCAAGCAAUGGCCAGCACAUCAGCCGCAAGCUGCACUCGCCCACGAUGAUGGAUGCGUCGUCGCCGAUCAUUGGGCAUGUCAACAGUAGCAGCCUUAGCUCGGCACUGCCCACGCCCACCUCAUCGACUACGACGCCUAAUAGCGAUGAGCAACUGCCUCUCACACCAACCACUAGCAACAGCACCAGCAACAAUAACAGCCAUCAGCCCAAAUCCCCGAUGAAGGGAGCAACGGCAGCAGCGGCCGCCCUCAAGAAGAAGAACGAUGAAAUGAAUAACAGCGUGCUCAAGCAAGUGGACUUCGAGAAGAAGUACAAGGCCCUGCCGCAAUUCCAGCCGGAGGAUUGUCAGUCGCCCAGUGCCAUCGCUGUGCCCUCUUCGCCCCGCGUGUACGGCACGAAUUAUCGCAAGAAGAACACUGCACCGCCGCCAGUGCAGAAGCUACUGAGUGAAGACGACUCCAUUGACGAACCAGCCUCGGCACCACCAACCACCACACAACGCUUUUUUGGCCCUGACUUUACCAACGAGCUGAAAGAUGAACGCCUUGCAGAACUGGACAGUUCCGAUCAGACAGGCCGCUCGCCCAGAACGCCAAAGACGCCACUACAGAGCGCCCGGUCGGAUGCUAGCGAGAAGGGACAUCGCAAGGUAUUGGAGACGCGUCGUCAUCUGGUGAUGCAGCUUUUUGCCGUGCACGGUAACUUUCCCAGUGCUCAGGCCACCAUAGCCUUUCAGGCCAAGCACAUUGCUGUCUUUCCGCGCAAGCAAGAUCUGCAGCUGAAGAUACGCGAGGUGCGCCAGAGGCUUUUGGGCACUCCACACUCGGCGGGGCCGAACACGCCGGCCGACUCCAACUCGUCGUCGACCACACUGAGCGCCAGUAGCACUGGACUUAACAAUGUGCAGGCCGGCAAUGCUCCGCCCAAUGGAACAGGUGCACACCAGCAACACUCGGAGCAGCCGCAUUCCUUUUGCAAAGCAACCGAAUCUGAUGCCAAGUACAAGUAGGGGAUCCUUGAGGAGCAGACAGACACGAUGGUUGGCUGCAAGUGACCAAAUUACUUAAGAAUAGUAAGCGAAUCGACAGGAACAACCAACCAACAAAUUGCAGCAACUCAACACACACGCACCACAAGCAACAUGAAAUGAGAACAAGCAAGAGCUCACACUUGGCUUCAGCUCGUCAUGCAUCCGAUGCAUGAUUAACUAGUGUUUAUUAUUAAUUGCAAAAUUAAUUUAAAGUAGCGAGCAGCGAGAGCUAGGUAAACAAAGAACGGGAGAACGAAGAUUACAAAUUUUAAAUUACAAUAGGCAUACAAUAUAUACAUGUAAUUUGUGAGUAUAUAAUGAGAAACUGAUUACGAAUGAAUUUAUUAAGCAGCUUAAUAAAUCAGGAGCAACAACAAAGGUAAAGGCAGAGCUGACAGGUAGAAACUCUAAAGAGAAUUGGAACUUUUGAAGCACACAUAUGAAGUACAGUAAAAACGAAAUGAAAGCAAAACACAAAAAGAAAACAAAACUUGCAUACAUAAUGGAAACAUUGUAUAAUCCUCCGCGUAACGGCUUAGGUUUUAAUUUACAGGCGAAAACUACAACUAACAAAAUGGAAGAAGAGCUAACAAAGAGCGACAGAAAUAGAGGUUAAGCUUUAACUUAAAUUGCACAUUAAUUUUGAAGUGUAUUAAGCACAAGCAAAGAAUUGUAUAAAAAAACAAACAAACAAACAGUAAGAAACUUGAAAUGAACACUGUGUAGUUGUAUUGUAUAUUUAGUCAUAACAUUUUAAAAGUGAACAAAUUCCCACAAAAACAAAAACACACACCUAUGUCCCACACACCCUUCCCCAACACACAACUUAAUGCUUUUAAACUGUUUGCUUUUGUUCUCCACUAUUAAGAGUGAGGGAGAACGAAACAUUUUAAAAUUGUAUGUACAUUUCCUUUAAUUGGCUUUUUACACUGUUGUCUAAUUGAAUUAUAAUUUAUAUAUAUUUUUAUUAUUGAUAUAUUUUAGAAUAGCCUGUUUUUAAAUUGUACACACAAAACACACACCGAAAAAUAAACUUCGAAUGAGAAAUUAAUUGGAAAACAAUUUAUUACAGAAGCAGAAAUGAUAGAAACGUCUUCCACUGUUGCUGCAAUUUACUAUUUAAUAUUCUGUACUAUUUCGGUUGAAUUAAAAUUAGUUACAAAUGGUUUUAAUAUGUAUGUUUGUAUGUGACCCAUAUGCAAAAUUAUGUUCACUGUGAAUUGUUAAUUAUUGAGUGUUGUCGCUGAUUUAUUAUUUUGUAAGCCUAAGUAUAUUUUUUUUAAAUAUGUCUCUUUUUUGUAUCCCAUCCCGAAGGAGCAACAGUUGCACACCCACAAAUUGAUGGAUAAAACGUAAACCCACAAGAAUACACUCGUAACGAAAAUAACCUAGUAAAUCAACAAAUAAUAGCUAAACAAUAUUCAUAUUCUAGUUAUUACAAUUAUUUCAAAUACGCAAUAAUCACCAUUAUCAUCAUCGAACGGGACAUGUGAAUUAAGUUGAAUGCCGCUUCCAUUCAGUUCCAUUCAUGCUGGACGCGUUGCAAUCGUAGAAAUUAAAAAGAACAACAAAGUAAAGGCAAAAGAUAAAUUUGUAAAAUUUAAAUCAACUCACCUAGCCGUUUAUAGUUUGUUUUUACAUUUUGUGUUUAAUAUUAAAUUUAAUCAUAGUUUCUGUACCAUGUUUAGUUCUUAAUUACCUACUAGUUAUUUGUAUUAAUUAGUGAACAAACGAAAUUUGAUAUGAUAAACAGCAGAAGAUCGUAAUCUGUAGUGUGUUAAUGUUAAAAAAAAAAGGAAAACGCUAAUAAAGCAGAAAAAUAAAACCAAGUUUAUAAGCAAA